GCGAGCUGGCGUGGAGAACAUCACUCGUGGAGUAUCUAACAUGCGGGUACAUAACGAUGGUGGCGUUGGUGAUGCGGCAUACCACGAUGACGACGGCGAUGGAGACACGGAGGACAUCGAAGCAGGGGAUGACGAUAAGGACGUCCAUAUUUGGCCAUUGGGAAAGAGGGCAGGGACUCCAAGGAGGGCGAAAGGUAGCGAGAGAGGUGGUGGUCGAGGUCGAUCCGGUGGUCGGGGCGGCAGAGGCGGCGCAUCCGAGGACGGUGGCAAAUCGGCGACGUAUUGGAAAACGAAGGAGCAAAUGCUCCUCGUCGGAUGCAAGCGGGAACAAGACAUGCACAAGGUUGGGUUGGGUCACAAUUACGGCUGGAUGCGAACGAGGGAGUGGAAGUGGGAGGACAUAGCAAAACGGCUGGCCGCGUUGGGGACGGUGAAAGACGCCGGCGAUUGCUUCCAGAAGUGGGACAAUCUCUUCCAGAACUACAAGAAGAGAAUGAGAUUUCAGCGAAAGAGCGGCGAGAAGGAUUUCUUCAGGCUGACGAACGAAGAACGGAAGGAACACAAUUCCAAGUUCCGAAUGGAGAGGACAUUGUAUAAGGAGAUCCAUGCGAGCAUGCUAGGUAAUCACACAAUUUUUCCUCCUAACGUGGCCGACACUGGUUCUCCGGAAGAGGUGCAGUUGCCGAGGCGAGAAACGGCAGCUGGGGAGUCCGUAGGGAGUGAAGGUGGCAGUGAUGGAUGCCUCGAUGAACGGUCGCCGACCAAGGACUCAGAUCAGAACGCAGGCAGCGGGGCCACGGCGCCGCUGGCGGAAAGCGGAAGAAUGCACGUGAGCAGACGUUUGAGUCAAUCGUAGAUGUUAUGGACCUCCAUGGACAACUCAUGUCAUCGACGAUUGAUUCGUCGAGCAAGCGGCAAUGCAGUG